UUGUGUGUGGCCUCUGGUGCCGGCGCUGAGGGGAUGCUGCGGGGAAGCGACGAGAGGAGGCCGGCAGGGCGGGAGGAGGCCUCGGCUUCGACCUCCUAUUCGGGCCGCUGUUCGUCCUCGUCCGGGGCGGAGCACCUGUCCCGCUACCACCUCGGGCUGCUACAAACCCCGCUGAGCACGGCGGGCAGCGCCGGCGGCCGCUCGGGCGGUGGAGCGGAGCCGGCCGGCCCCCAGCGAGAGGCAAACUCCGUCGGCAGAGGCGUCACCCCAGCGCCGGGGCUGCAGCUGGUCUCUGCGGCAGCAGGAGAUUCAUACUUUGGGGACAAGAGUUCGUAUGCAGAAAAUGUUAGCACAAUGAAUUUUACAAGCUCUUCUUCUGCAAGAGGACUGAAUAGUGCCUGGAUAGGAAAAACACCCCUCUCAUCUAGUAGAUCAGGUUGUAGAAGCAGGACUCCUCUCAUGGGAUAUUCAGUUACAUCCUCAUCUGCUGUCUCUGCUCAUUUGGUUGCAUCCAUUAUUGUAGCUGUAGUAGAAGGGAGAGGACUUGCCAGAGGUGAAGUAGGAAUGGCUAGUAUUGACUUAAAAAAUCCUGAAGUGGUAUUAUCCCAAUUUGCGGACAAUACAACCUAUGCUAAGGUUAUCACAAAACUCAAGAUUUUAACACCAUUAGAAAUAAUAAUGUCAAAUACCGCUUGUGAUACAGGGAAUACAACCAAAUUGUUCAGUUUGAUAACAGAAAAUUUCAAGAACGUGACUUUUACUACUGUCCAAAGAAAAUACUUCAAUGAAACAAAGGGCUUGGAAUAUAUAGAACAGUUGUGUACAUCUGAAUUCAGCACUGUUCUAAUGGAGGUUCAGUCCAAGUAUUAUUGUCUAGCAGCUGUUGCAGCUUUGCUAAAAUAUGUUGAAUUUAUUCAAAAUUCAGUUUAUGCUCCUAAAUCGCUCAAGGUUCGUUUCCAGGGAAGUGAGCAAACUGCUAUGAUAGAUUCAUCAUCAGCCCAAAAUCUAGAAUUGUUAACUAACAAUAGAGAUUCUCGGAAUGGUCACACUCUUUUUGGCGUUCUAAAUUAUACUAAAACUCCAGGUGGAAGCCGAAGACUUAGGUCUAAUAUCCUGGAGCCUCUGGUUGAUGCUGAAACAAUUAACACAAGAUUGGAUUGUGUUCAGGAACUACUCCAGGAUGAGGAGCUCUUUUUUAGUCUUCAGGCAGUGAUUUCAAGAUUCCUGGAUACUGAACAACUUCUUUCAAUUUUAGUACAAAUUCCAAAGCAAGAUACAGUUAAAGCUGCUGAAUCAAAAAUAACUAAUUUAAUCUAUCUGAAGCAUACUUUGGAACUUGUGGAUCCUCUAAAGGCUGCUUUGAAAAGCUGCAAGACACAUCUAUUAAAGGCAUAUUACAGUUCUCUGGAAGACAAAAGGUUUGGAAUCAUACUUGAAAAGAUUAAAACUGUCAUUAAUGAUGAUACAAGAUACACAAAAGGAUGCCUGAAUAUGAGGACCCAGAAGUGCUAUGCAGUCAGGCCAAAUAUCAAUGAAUUCCUUGAUAUAGCUCGUAGAACAUACACAGAGAUUGUAGAUGACAUAGCAGGAAUGAUAACACAGCUUGGAGAAAAAUACAACCUACCUUUGAAGAUGAGUUUCAGUUCUGCUCGUGGAUUUUUUAUCCAAAUGAAUGCAGAAUGUGCAGCAUUACCUAAUGGUCAGCUUCCUUCAGAAUUUACAAAGAUUACUAAAAUGAAAAAUGCAUAUAGCUUUACUUCAGCAGACUUAAUUAAAAUGAAUGAAAGAUGCCAGGAGUCUUUGAGAGAAAUUUAUCACAUGACCUACUUGAUAGUGUGUAAACUACUGAGUGAAAUCUAUGAACAUAUCCAUUGCCUAUACAAACUCUCUGAUACUGUGUCAAUGUUGGAUAUGUUGCUGUCAUUUGCCCAUGCCUGCACUCUUUCUGACUAUGUUCGUCCAGAAUUUACUGAUACCUUAGCAAUCAAGCAGGGAUGGCAUCCCAUUCUUGAAAAGAUAUCUGUGGAAAAACCUGUUUCUAAUAACACGUAUAUCACAGAAGGCAGCAAUUUUAUCAUUAUUACAGGACCAAAUAUGAGUGGAAAAUCAACUUACCUGAAACAGAUUGCGCUCUGUCAAAUUAUGGCACAGAUUGGUUCUUAUGUCCCAGCAGAAUAUUCUUCUUUUAGAAUUGCUGAGCAAAUUUUCACUAGAAUUGGUAUGGAUGAUGAUAUAGAAACAAAUUCAUCAACAUUCAUGAAGGAAAUGAAAGAGAUAACAUAUAUCAUACAAAAUGCUAAUGACAAAUCACUCAUCAUAAUUGAUGAACUUGGGAGAGGUACCAGUACUGAAGAAGGUAUUGGCAUUUGUUAUUCAGUGUGUGAAUAUCUACUGAGUUUGAAGGCAUUUACUCUAUUUGCUACACAUUUCCUGGAACUGUGUCACAUAGAUGCUUUAUAUCCCAAUGUGGAAAACAACCAUUUUGAAGUGCAACAUGUGAGAAACAGUGCUGGAAAUAAGGAAAAAAUUACUUAUACUUACAUACUUUCGAAAGGACACACAGAGGAAAAAAACUAUGGAUUAAAAGCUGCAGAAGUUUCUUCUCUACCACCAUCAAUAAUUUUGGAUGCAAAGGAGAUCACAACUCAUAUUGCUAGACAAAUUUUGCAAAAGCAAAGAACCACUCCUGAGACAUUAAAACAGAGGGCUGUAUACCAUCUAGCAACAAGGCUGGUUCAGACUGCAAGGAACUCUCGAUUGGAUCCAGACAGUUUGCGAAUAUUCUUGAAAGGCCUGAAAAAAAAGUAUGAAGCUGAUUGUCCUGUGUCUGGACAAGCACAAACUGAAGAUGGACAGUAAUUUAUAGCUUACACUGAUGGACUAAUUUAUUUGGUGAGGGCCAGAAUAUUUAUUUUCUGUAUCACUGACAUGUAAUGUUUUUUAUUUUUUAAAAUCUUUGAUUCUCAUCAUAAAUUAUAUUCACUACUGAAGCACCACAUUCUCUAUAUGUGGGUAUAAAUAGUUAUUCCUCUGAAGAAUUUUUUUGGAGCAAAUUUUAAACAGAAGCAUUUAUUUUGUAUAAAUAGUAUAACUAUGAAACAAUUUUUUUCCAUAUGACUCUUGAUAUGUCAGUAAUGGCCAAAAGUCCCUAUAUUUUUAAGAACAGCAAAAGCAAAGAGAUUCUGAAGAGAUUGAGGGUAGGGGGCCCCACUCCAUUUUGCUAGAGCUUGGUGGAGACACUACUCCAACUCUUCUCUAGCAACAGAUGACGGUGAAAGGUUUAUUUCAAAAUAGAAAAUUAAACCUUUUACAGAGUCUGUCAGUACAUCUCUCUACCUCCUGGAGCUGGAUUAAAUCCUUCUAAGAUGCAUGGCCCCAGUAUGGAGAGAAGGAAUGGAUCAAACCAAAGACAGGGAGUUGUGGUAGGCAGACAACUUAUUUGCUCUUCCUGGAUAUAACUCCCUGGAAAAUGAGGUGUUGUUUUGGCCUUCCACCAAAUGACACCUGUCUGUGGAAUAGGUCAAUCAACAGCAAAGCCAGCAUCCUUGGCCUUUUUACAGAAAAUUGCACAUACAUUGACAUGGUUAAGCUUUUAGCAUUCCUGUUGCCUAAACAUUAAAGGAAUCUCAUUAACAUUAAAACUACAUUUGACUGAACAUGCUUUUCAUGUACUACAGUUACAAGCAACAUCUAAGAUUACUUCUUUAUAAUUAUGACAAAGACUAGAAAAAGUAUUAUUUCAGCUCUGUCUUUUCUGUUUGUUUUUUUGUGCAUUUGACAACACUUUAGUCACUUCACUCAAAUGUAGAUGGCUAGUUUUUCUGUCUAGUUUCAUGCAGUGAUAUAUUGACAUCACCUACUAGCCAGAGGCAGGGCAUUUACCACACCUCUGGAAAUAAUUUUGGCUGAAGGUGGCCAAAUUUAAGGUCCAAUCACAGCUCUGAGUUGGGACCAGUGAGGAUCUCCAUCCACCUCAGUGGAAGCUCCAGGAGGGAUUCCCUUUAAUCUUGUGCCCACCUUCUCUUUAAGCAACCAAGUGGGGGCACAAUCUAGCCUAUAAAAAGUUAGUUAAACUAUUCAUACUUUAAGGAUUUAUUUAAGUGUUUGUAUAAAUUUAAUAAAUAGACUUUUCUAAAUUACAGUCAUUUACUUUUUUCUUGGGCAUAUUUUAUUUUCACAUAUUUAAAAAAUAUCAAGGGAAAAAACUUUUUAAACUCAGUCUCCAAGGUUUCCUUUUCAAGAGUGUUUCCUGCCGUAGCUGUGUCAAUUACAAAGCGAAAUGAAAGACACAGCAUUUUGGUUGAAGGCAGUUUGCAGCAAAGACUUCACAAUCCCCAGGGGCUUCCAAUGAUUUUACAUUGAUUUUUAAAUCAGUUGAAAACACCGCCAAUACAUUUUUUUCUCCAAUGUUUUCCCUCCCUUUUACGGAUUAUUAUUAUUCACACAGCUCCCAAAAUGUGAUAGACACUUUACAUAGACAUGACUGGUCUCUGCUUCAAAGAGUUUACAAUCGAAACUGAAGAUGCAGACAAAAAUGGGAGUAAGGAAGUAACAAAGAAAAUUAAUUCUUGCCCACUUGUCCCAACAACAUUCCCACUGAACUGUUCUCUAUCUUAUCAUUUUAAAUCUCUUGUUAUAUGUGGAGAUUGUAGGGAUGCUUCAAGGCAAGGCUGCCUAACACUUUCUAUUAUAAGACCUUUUUUUUCAGUUGCUUAUAACUUCGCCAAACUUUAGGCUGAAAUUUCUCAUACUGGAUGUCUGCCUCAGGUUGAUUCUUUUUGGAUCCUUAUGGCAAAAAUAGUUCAGCUGUUUCUCAGAACAAGGUUAGGGACAUAUAGAUUGUUUUGCCCUCAUUAAAAACAUUCUUACAACUGUUUCAGUGUGAAGCUUCAGUAUCUCCAUGGUUUAGAGCAGGGACAUGAAAUUUGCUGAAGGGGGAAGUGCAUUUUUCUGUACCCAUAAAAAUAUACCCAAAUUUGGCAUAAUUAUAGGUCUCCGAAAAACCAGAAUUCACACAUGCUCAGUAGAGAAUUGUUAGAUUUUGGCAACUAAAUUCUCUAAAGAUUCCAUCUGUUCCAAGUAUGCUGCAGCCUGGGGCAGCAGGGGCUGAGAAGAACUUUUCUGUAAUUGUGCUUCAUGGCUGCCAGCAUCCACUGUGGCACCAGACACCGGAACGGAAACCUAGGGAAACACUCUCAGCUGUACUCACAAUGUUCCUGCAUUAUUGCUUCCUCAUGUGCAGAUUCCUAGAAUAUCAGUUUCAUGGGUAGUGUUAGUCUAUAGAGUGUAACUUUUUAGCCAUAACUGAACAUUUUUAUUCCAAGCUGAACACACAGAAUUUGAUGGCAAAUUACUCAGUUCCUCGGAGGAGAGAGUGAAGGGAAAAGGCAGUUAGGAAAGAGCUAUUGACCUCCACAUCUGUUUUUUUUUCAUAAGGUACCAGACAGUUUAUGCAAAGGUUACUGCAGACACAGAGUCAAGGUCUCUAACAUGACAAACCCAAUCUUAUCUCCCUGGCCUGUCAGAUUGACUAAAACUGGUUUUAGUCAAUCCUAUCUCUAACCACUAUAAACCACCCUCCUUUUCCAGAACUGGAGAUAGACUCCAAGAUUCCUGAUCAUCAGUAUUCUACUGCUAACUAGGAAAUAGUUGCAUAACCCACUGGGAAAAUGCAUGUUAAGUCCUCCUCCACUGGGUGGUCUACAAAAGGGUUGUUACUCCUGUAGCUCAAUAGUAAGGCUCUAAGAUAGGAAUCUGAAGAUCAGUAAGUUCAAACCCUGCUGAUCUGUGUGGGAGGAUUGAAUAGUUGCAUGUGCUUCAUACAUACGGAGAGACCACCGCUUUAAAACAGAUUUUGUACUUUGAAACUAUGUUGCGCUGUACACUAUGAUUUGAAUCACCAAAAUACUUAUGUUUUGUUUCUGGAAAGAAAGUCUCCUAAAACAGGUUUCUUUCAAAAGGGGAGGUUUGUUCACACAGCUUUCCCAAUAAAGCAUCCCUUUUAUGCUCAUGAUUUUUCCAUGUUUGGACUGUUUUGAAUUUGUUUCUAAAACAUUGUUUUCCUAUUAGACAUACUCCCAGGAGAAGACUUUCCAGACCUCCCAUUUAAAUCUGAUUGGUAAAAAUGAGUAGAUGAUGAGCCUUAGUGCACUGAGCUACCAUACCAACAAUAGAGUGUAGCCAUGAUGGCACAGCAGCCAGAGGACCUAGCUGCCCUGAGAAUGUGCCUAGUGUCUUAGACAGGAACUUACUUGGGGUAGCUAGCCACUCUGACUGCUAUGACCACACUCUGUUCUUAGCAUGCUAGCUUGAUCAGAGCUAGCACAAGUAUGUCUCCUCAAGCUGGGAAUUACACCCCAGCUCAAAGUUCAGACAUUCUUUUAGGAGAAUGAUUUAAGCCUUUUCCUUCUUCUUCCCUCCCUCCAAGUACCAAACACUUUCUUUGUGCAUGUUUUAUGUAUCGAAAUGUAGCAUUAAAAGCCCAUAAUUUCCUGGGGUCCAUCUCUGGCCAUUUUGCACCAUUUCCAUGCAACUCAGUUGAAGGUAGGUAGAGUGGAGAGAAAUGGUGCAUUUGUUCCCUCUCUAGCUGUAGCCCAGGUAGUACAGUAGGUAAGUGUUAUGAAAGGUCAGGGGUAGGGAGAGACUGACCAUUUUAAAAUCAAAUACACAAAUAGGAAACUAUGAGGAGUGUUGAGCACUGCUGCAGGAGAGGGACAAAGGUAGCUCUGAGUCUGUGCUCUCCCAGUCCUGGGGCUGCUUUAUGCCAGGCUAGUCCCAUGGUACAUGUAAGAAGAGCCUAUUCUAAUUGCUUUGGCUGCCUGUUGCUCCAAAAAGCCAUUAUGGCAGCCCAGAAUUGCCAGGGUUCAGGAUGCCUUAGCCAAGCCCCUUGCACUCUACAAACUGAUUUAGUGUAUCUACCACACUCAUUGAUUUCCCUUAU